AUGCUUUUAAAAGGAAUUGCUCGCAUUGCAUCUACAUCACCAAAGCGACACUUUACAACAGCCGUCAACAAGCCAAGCAAGACUCGCUUAGUGGCAGGAUUAGGUUUGAUAGCUGCUGGAACAGGCUAUUUGGGUUGGGAAUAUUUCAACAAAAACAAAAGAGCACUUGAUGAAAAUGUGUAUGUGCCACUUGAAUUGAUAAAAAAAGAGCAAAUAUCACCUGAUUCUUUCCUUUUGCGAGUAUCAACAACAAAACAACCUUCCAAAGACUAUCCAGUGCCAUCCUGUUUGUACAUUAAAGAUGACACAAUUCAAGUAAUGAGACCCUACACGCCCAUCAAUCAGAACCCGUACAAGGAUGGCCAUCUUGAUUUGGUUGUGAAACGGUAUCCAGAUGGCUCAGUAUCUCGCACGCUCAGUGGAUUCCAGUUGAAUAGCGAUAUCCAUGUGAGAGGCCCUAUGACGGAGGAAUAUCUGUACAGUGAAAAUAGCUUGGAUACAGUGGGCAUGAUUGCUGGUGGUACCGGGAUUACACCCAUGUAUCAAUUAAUAUGCCGAAUUCUGGAGAAUCCUCAAGAUCAGCAUACCAGAUUAUGGCUGAUUUAUGGCAACAAGACAGAACAAGACAUUCUGCUGAAAUCUGAAUUAGAUCAGCUUGCACAGAAAUUCAAAGAUAGAUUCAAGGUGAAAUAUGUGCUGGAAGACACCAACAAUGCAGCGUAUGAAAAGGGCUACGUGACCAAGGAAAUGAUUGAAGCCAUGUCCAAGGACGACGGAGAACGCAGAAAGAUAUUUGUAUGUGGUCCAAACAAGAUGCUUCAACUAGUAUGCGGAGAGAGAGCGAGAGAUUAUUCGCAAGGCCAAGUGACUGGAAUCCUUUCUCAAUUGGGUGUUUCCUCAAAUGAAGUAUGGAAAUUUCAAUAA